AAGUAGCCAUGAAACAUGGCGACCAUGACUGAAGAUGAGACAUCCGGUAGUUAUUUUAUUAGAGAAAUAGAAAAAAACGAUGGGUCAGUUCUAAAAAUGUACCAGUGCAGCAAAGGCGAUGUGGGCUGCGUGGUUUGGGACGCGGCUAUCGUACUUUCCAAAUACCUUGAGACUGAACAAUUUAUUAAUCCACAGUGUGGCCUCAGUACGUGGUCCUGUAAAAAUGUGAUCGAGCUGGGAGCUGGUACAGGAGUGGUGGGCCUGAUGGCUGCGUCCCUGGGUGCGAAUGUCAUAGUAACAGAUCUGGAGGAUCUACAACCACUUCUUGAACUAAACAUCCUGGAAAACCAGGAACUUCUCAGUACAGGCUCAGUUACAGCCAAGGUACUGAAAUGGGGUGAAGAUGUGACAGACUUCCUGCCACAUCCACAUUACGUUCUAAUGGCCGACUGCAUCUAUUAUGAGCAGUCUGUGAAGCCGCUGGUGGACACUCUGAAGGUGUUGGCGGGUCCUGAGACGUGCAUCAUCUGCUGUUACGAGCAGAGAACUCUCGGACUCAAUCCUGCCGUGGAGAAGAGAUUCUUUGAGAUGCUGCUGCAGGAGUUUGCGUGUGAGGAGAUACCAGCAGAGAGACAAGACCCAGAGUUCAACAGCCCUGACAUCCAUAUCCUGCAUUUGAAACGCAAACCCAGUUGAAUACCUCUGUGUGUGCAUGUGCAGAUGAUGCUGACGUCACAGUGAGCGUAUGCAAAAUGUGCGCGCUUUUAUUCUCUGUGUUAGUGUUAAUGUCAUAGUCAUUUGUUUGGGUCUGUAUUUUUACAACAGUCCAUUUAAUGAAUUUAUUAAAAAGAUUUGGAUUUAAUCUGA